GAGGCGCUAGGAAGGAGGCUUUGGCCGAGGGGCGACGCGAACAACGUCUGGCGGCAUGAGCGCGGUGGCGCUCUUACGUGGGGCGGCGGCGGCGCGUGCCUGCCGGGCCAUGGUGGCCUCGGCUGUGAGCCGGCGCCUGCUCCGCACUAGUCCGCCGAGUCGAGCUUUCGCCAAGGAGCUCUUCCUGGGCAAAAUCGAGAAGAAAGAAGUUUUCCCGUUUCCGGAAGUUAGCCAAGAUGAACUUAAUGAAAUCAAUCAGUUUGUGGGACCUGUAGAAAAAUUCUUCACUGAAGAGGUGGACUCGCAAAGAAUUGACCGCGAGGGAAAAAUCCCAGAAGAAACGCUAGAGAAGCUGAAGAGCCUGGGGCUUUUUGGGAUGCAAGUCCCAGAAGAAUAUGGUGGCCUGGGCCUCUCCAACACCAUGUAUGCACGUCUGGGAGAAAUCGUCAGCCUUGACGGUUCGAUUGCUGUGACCCUAGCAGCACACCAGGCAAUUGGCCUCAAGGGGAUCAUCCUGGCUGGCAGCAAGGAACAGAAAGCCAAAUACCUGCCCAGGUUGGCGUCUGGAGAGCACAUCGCCGCCUUCUGUCUGACAGAGCCGUCCAGUGGGAGUGAUGCAGCCUCCAUCCAGACCAGGGCCACGCUGAGCGAGGACAAGAAGUGCUACAUCCUCAACGGCUCCAAGGUCUGGAUCACCAAUGGAGGCCUGGCCAAUAUUUUUACCGUGUUUGCCAAGACACCAGUUGUUGAUUCUGACGGCUCCAUAAAAGACAAAAUCACAGCAUUCAUAGUGGAGAGAGAUUUUGGUGGAGUCACUAACGGGAAACCUGAGGACAAGUUAGGCAUACGUGGCUCCAACACUUGUGAGGUCCAUUUUGAAAACACCAGGGUGCCAGUCGAGAAUGUCCUUGGAGAAGUUGGAGGUGGGUUUAAGGUGGCCAUGAACAUCCUCAACAGUGGCCGGUUCAGCAUGGGCAGUGCUGUGGCUGGGAUGCUCAAGAAGUUGAUCGAAAUGACUGCUGAACACGCCUGCACAAGGAAGCAGUUCAACAAGAACCUCAGCGAAUUUGGAUUGAUUCAGGAAAAGUUUGCCCUGAUGGCUCAGAAGGCUUACGUCAUGGAAAGUAUGGCCUACCUCACCGCAGGGAUGCUGGACCAGCCGGGGCUCCCCGACUGCUCUGUCGAGGCUGCCAUGGUGAAGGUGUUCAGCUCGGAGGGCGCAUGGCAGUGCGUGAGCGAGGCGCUGCAGAUCCUCGGGGGCUCGGGCUACGUGCGGGACUACCCCUAUGAGCGCAUGCUGCGUGACUCCCGCAUCCUGCUCAUCUUCGAGGGGACCAACGAGAUUCUCCGGAUGUACAUCGCCCUGACUGGCCUGCAGCACGCUGGCCGCAUCCUCACCGCAAGGAUCAAUGAGCUUAAGCGUGGCAACGUGAACACAGUCAUUGAGACCAUCGGCCAGAAGCUUCGAGACUCCAUGGGCCGAACCGUGGACCUGGGGCUGACGGGGAAGCUGGGGCCCGUGCACCCCAGUGUUGCAGAUGGUGCCAGCAAGCUCGAGGAGAACGUGUAUUACUUUGGCCGCACCGUGGAGACACUGCUACUCCGCUUUGGCAAGACCAUCAUUGAGGAGCAGAUGGUCCUGAAGCGGGUCGCCAACAUCCUCAUCAACCUGUAUGCCAUGACGGCCGUGCUAUCUCGGGCCAGCCGCUCCAUCCGGGUGGGGCUCCCAAACCACGACCACGAGGUUCUGCUGGCCAGCAUCUUCUGUGCGGAAGCGUAUUACCAGAACCUCUUCACCCUGUCCCAGCUGGACAAGUAUUCUCCAGAAAAUCUAGAUGAACAGAUUAAGAAAGUGUCCCAGCAAGUCCUGGAGAAGCGAGCCUACAUCUGUGCCCACCCUCUGGAAAGGACAUCCUGAAGCCAAGGGACUGUGCUCCCAGCGGCCCCCAGGCCCUGGCCUGUCGCUGGUCAACAAGGAGGACUUGGGGGUUUCUACAAGUGGAACCACUUCUUCCUAGUCUAUACAAGAAUGUUCUCCUGGCCUGAGGGCACCUCACUAGGGCUGUGCCCGGCAGGCCCGCUGCUGACCUGAUCCCAGGUGCUGACAAAACGGGGAGAGGGAAGGCAGCUGGUGACACCUGGGAUUCGAGGGGCUUCUGCUCGUGUAGGAGAUGUUGCUGCCUCUGGGGGUCCGUGCAUCCUGUUGGCUUGUAUGUGGAGCAAAUACACUGCACACGUGUACUGGGAACUAACAAAAAUUAGAAAAUGCAGUUUGUGUUUACCCUU